GCCAGGUGCCAAAGUUGGAGACUCAGGCGCAAUUUUGGACCUGGUAGCCCUGGCCGCAUUUACACUACUGAUUUCUCCUCCCGCACCUUAAACCUCGUCGAUUUUCAACACCCUUCAACUUUGACGUACCUGUAAACAAUCCCAUCUUUCCCUGCUCACCAACUUCCUCAAUCCUGCACCCAAACAGUUCAUUCCCAAUCUCCAUUCCUACAUCCCCUUUUUCUAUCGCCUCUAGGCUCAGAAUCCUCUUCUCAAACCGCCCAAGAUGACUACUGAGCGUGAAAGCAAGACUUUCCUAGCCCGCCUCUGCGAGCAGGCCGAGCGUUAUGAUGAGAUGGUCACCUAUAUGAAGGAGGUUGCUAAGCUUGGUGGAGAGCUCUCUGUUGACGAGCGCAACCUUCUAUCUGUUGCCUACAAGAACGUGGUCGGUACCCGACGUGCCUCUUGGAGAAUCAUCUCGUCGAUCGAGCAGAAGGAGGAGUCCAAGGGCUCUGACAAGCACGUCUCCACUAUCCGCGACUACCGAAACAAGAUCGAGACCGAGCUCGAGAAGGUUUGCCAAGAUGUCUUGGAUGUUCUGGAUGAGAGCUUGAUCCCCAACGCUGCCACCGGCGAGUCCAAGGUCUUUUAUCACAAGAUGAAGGGUGAUUAUCACCGCUACUUGGCCGAGUUUGCGUCUGGCGAGAAGCGAAAGGUCGCCGCCACUGCCGCCCACGAGGCUUACAAGAGCGCUACCGAUGUCGCACAGACUGAGCUCACCCCGACGCAUCCUAUCCGUCUCGGUCUUGCUCUCAACUUCUCCGUAUUCUACUAUGAGAUCCUCAACUCGCCUGACCGAGCUUGCCAUCUCGCCAAGCAGGCCUUCGACGACGCCAUCGCCGAGCUUGAUUCGUUGUCUGAGGAGUCUUACCGCGACAGCACUCUCAUCAUGCAGCUGCUCCGUGACAACCUGACCCUAUGGACCUCAUCAGAGAGCGCCGAGGGCGAGGGUGCCGCCGCCACAGAGGCUGCUAAGGAAGACAAGCCCGCUGAGGAAGCUGAGAAGCCCAAGGAGGACGCCCCCGCGCCCACCGAGUCUUAGACUACCUUUCAUGGAUAAACCUCCUUACCUCAACUGAACAUGCAUAUUCUGUAAUACUUUCCGAAGGGCCAGGGUUCUGUUGAUACCCAAACUGGCGAAGAUUUGUAGCAUCGGUUGGGGAGGACGUUAAAGGUGUCUGUUUUGGACGCGAUAGUGAAAUUUGAGCAGAGUGUCGGCUUUCACUCCAAGAUUCGUCAGUAAAAGGCUGCUUUUAAAGUAGGCCCUCUACUUGGCAAUGCGAUAACAUUUUCCACAAUUAUGGCUGUAUUUCAACUACCUCUACCUGUAUAGGGGCGGCGAGGGCUCGUUGGUGGUCGUGUGGACGGUUUCAUACACGUUUCCCCUGUUUGUUUUUUGUGGUUUUUUGAGAUGAUAUAUCUCACGUUUUCCUUUGAUCCAGCACCCAUUGCAACAUCCCCUAGAGUCGACCUUGUACGCCGGUCCUUUACGUAUCACGGGAAGAUUAGGUAGUUUACGGGUCCGCUUUCGGGUGGAAUUGCAAAAUGAUCCAUGCCUUAAGAUUCACCAGCCGGAGGGAGAGAAAGUCUAGCUUGGCUUUUCGACGAUUCGGCUCGAACAGACUGCGAUACUUAAUUAGGCUGGACUUCUGCUUUGAUGCGUGUGUUUACUGCAUUCGUCAAUCAAUCCCCCCCGAUCCGCACCUACGCAAUGCGUAUGCCCCGAUAUCAGAAAUUAAAAAAGCAAAACUUAACCCUGA